GUCCAAGAUCGCGUCGACCGAACGAACGACGCUAGAAAAGACGCGCGCGACAACAACAAAAACAACGACGACCACGACGAAAGAAAAAAAAACGCAGCGAAUUCGAAUGAUAGAAAAAAAGCAUAACAAAAGCAAAAACCAUACGAAAGCCGAAGACAGCCGAGUCCGAGUGCAGCCGAAAUUGAGAAAUAAACGCGAGCUGUUAAAAGUUAACGGUUAAACGCGAACGUCGUCCUGCACCAGCAGCAGCAGCAGCAACACCAACAACAAAGCAGCGGCUUUUGCGAAAACACAAACGCGCAUUUUUCAAUUCUUAAGAAGAAGAAGCGAAGGAAACUAAAGUAUAAAACAAUCUACGAAAAUGAACAACAAUCAAACGAAUAUAGCGACAGCCUUGGCCACGGCCACAGGCACGGUCCAAACGCUGGAGAGGCAUGCCAACAAUAGUUGCAGCAACUGUUGCAACAUCAGCAGCAGCAGCAGCAGCAGCAACUGCAACAGCAGCAGCAACAGCAGCAGCAGCAGCAACACAAACAACGCCACAUAUUAUUAUCAGAGAAGAUUGCAACACCUGCUGCUGCUCGCUUUGCUCGUCUGCGUUGCCAGCCUCAACAGCUGUUGGCUCCAGCCGGUGCAGGCGCGACGCCACGCCCCCUUAAUGUUCGAGGAGGCCGAUACGGCCAGACGCUCCAAUAGACCAGCAGUCACGGAAUGCCAGUUCGGCAAGGUUCUACGCGAAUUGGGCUCCACCUGGUAUGCGGAUCUGGGACCACCAUUUGGCGUCAUGUAUUGCAUCAAAUGUGAAUGCGUUGCGAUACCCAAGAAGCGUCGCAUUGUUGCACGCGUUCAGUGUCGCAAUAUCAAGAACGAAUGUCCGCCGGCUAAAUGCGAUGAUCCCAUCUCAUUGCCUGGCAAAUGCUGCAAGACCUGUCCAGGCGAUCGUAACG